UUAGAUCUUCUAGGACGUUUUUGCUCUAGGUUUAUUGCUUACCUCGAGCUGUAAACUUCUUUUUCCUCACUCGUGUUCUCCUUCCUCGAUCCUUCAACCUAGAGCUCCCUUUGAAUCUAUCAUCACACGUCUCAUGAUCAACCUGAGUGUCGACUUAUCUGAUUUUAGAAGUGUAUCCUCCACUAUGUAUAUCAGUGCCCUCAAUGUCCUCAUGGUUCUGGAUCUUCCUGCCAAGAUACCUCCUCCUUCUCUUUCUACUCCUAUUCUUGGCCCUCAUCCCAAGACUCCAUCUCGUGCAAAGAAAUCCAAGCAUCUCGAUGAAACCAACAAGUCUGGCGGCCUGGUCUUCACGAUUUCCGAACGAACCUCUUCCUCUGACGAUUUUGCUGCCCCUGCUCCGUAUUGGGGCAUUGUUCGUGAAGUUUUUCCUCUGCCCCUCUAAAACUAGUAGUUAUUUUGUAUUGCAGUUCCCUAUGUGAACUUGCAUCUAUUCAGGGGGAACACCUCUUUUAAGCUUUAGUUUAGCGUUUCUUUUACAGCAGUAGGUACUUUAUUCUGUUGUUCUCUAUAUGAACAUGCAUUUUCUCAAGGAGAAAUCUUUUCUUGGAUGUUCCCUUUUCUGUAAUGUCUUUCAUUGAAUAAAAUUAUCUUCUGUAUUUUUAUACUGCUGGUAGCGUUGUUCUGAUUGCAGGUAUUUCGCGACUUGUCGAACGAAUGGGGAAAUUGUUGGAAGACUAUUUAUCCUCCACGACAUUGUUUCUCAAAGCUGUCUACGACAUCGUUUCUCACAAUUGUCACUGCUUCUCUUAAACAACAUCACUUCAUCUUCCUUCCGGGUUAUUCUCCCAAGUAUGAUCAGAGAAAAGAUCUAUCCUUAAUCAUUCCAAAUUUCAGAGCUGUUCAACCUUUUCCUCUUUCCACUCCAAAAGUGUCGCUCUCUCCAAUAUCAAAGAUGAAUCUGCUUCAAAGGUGGCCAGACAAUAACGUUGAAGAUCCAUACAACACAUAAUUAGUAUCCAAAUAACACAUAAGAGUAUCCAUAUUGAAUACUAGUUGGUUGGUUGUGGAUAUUAGUUGGUAUAUGCUAUCUGGAUACUAGUUUGUGAUGUUUUGAAUACUAGUCUGUGCUAUCUAGAUACUCAGCAGACUUGGAUAUUAGUUCAUACAUUUUGGAUAUUAGUUAGUAUAUACUAACGAAUCUUCUAGUUAGCAAAAUAACUAGGUUGGGCAAGCAGAGCACACAAGGGAGUAGUGAAGAAAGCAACACCUUUGAUGGUUGAUCAGAGGCUUCGGUAAACCUGCAAAGUGUUAUCGCAAUAAAAAGUGGAGAGGGUAGAGAGAGAAUACACCAUAUUAGGAGAUUGAGUGUCUGAUUCGUUUUCCUCCUUUUCUCAUUUCAUCUUCUCUUUCUACGAUAUGAUUCUCCAUGAGGACCAGCUCCCCGACGAUCACGUCUCCACCGCCGAUAUCCGUAGGAAUGUCACCGAGGUAGGCGCCAAAGUCGAUGCCCUCCAAAGCUCAGUCAUGCUCCACCAUACCCCACCUCGUCUUCCCUUUCUAUGAUAUGUUCAGCUUCUCCGACGAUCGAUUUUCACUCUCUAUUUGAUUUGCACUCGCUUCAGUUCAAAAAUGUUGUUGUUCUCUCGAUUCGAUUGCUUUUUAAAUCGAGUAAUUUGAUGGUUUGAUACUAGAAACCCUAGAAUUCUUCUUCAUCUCUGCAGUGCUGCAUUCAUGACUUCGAAACCCUAAGGUUCACUACCAGGUCACGGGUUGAAUUGGGUUUAUUGACGUGGCUAGUUAACCGACGUGGUGGGUUGGGUUUUAACCUUUUUGGGUGAAAAUAUGUCGAUUAAACACUUCUGUUAGUCAUGUCAGCAAAAUACUCAUGUUGUCAACAGAGAUUGACAAAAAGUGAACCAAACUUGGACUCUUUAAUCGGUGAUCACUUUUGGAAUAAAAUAUUUUAAGUGUC